UAACUGUCUUGGACGGAUGCUUCUUGUCUCGUUGCCAGGCAACUCCUCUGUACAUUUAAUUCCCAGGCCUAAGUGAUGUAGUCAGGCCUAAGAGAUCCAGGAGAUUUGCAUGCACAUGUCGCAUAUGUUGCCAUGACCAUUAUCAGCCAAUCACAUCGGAGUCGUUACUGUUAGCUGAACACAUCGGUUGGGCACGGCGUAAUAUUCAGAUAGGAGACUGUGGUGUGGCAUCGUUAUUAGAAUUCUGAAACCCACAUUUCAUUGUUAAGGUUAAGGUGCAAGGUACCAGUUUCAAAACAGAAAAGCACUCAGUCUCAUCGACCUCUCCUACAGACGAAUCUCUUGACACACCUUCAACCAAACCUUCCCUCAAAGUCAAGAUGUCUUGCACAGAAGAAGAGAAGAAGCAUGGCCUGUCUCAUCAGAAGACUGUGGAACAGACACCGGGUUCCCUGCCGCAUCAGGAGAGCUUCCACAAGCUGACAGAAUUUGAGAAACCGUGGGGUAUCUGUAGGAUUGACACGAACAGAAGAACAGAAACGUUUACAAACAUCCUGAAGAACAGUGUCUACGGUCACGGCGAUAUUUUCCAUCAGGUGUGCUUGUUGGACGGACAAACAAACAAGAUCUUAGCCACGUAUCCUCCAGAGUUCUAUCCCUCAAGUGACCAGAUUGCAAUUUUGGAGAAAGCUAGGAUGAACCCCGGUACCCUAGCACAACAAGGUAUCAAGCUGGCUGACAGAGUGUACGGUUACAACCGGUCAGAACAGUCUGGGGGUGGCCGGACGAGUUCCUAUAACUUAUACGGCCUCUACUCGGGCGAUGACGGUAAGGGAGGCGUCAUGAUAUUUCCGACAAACAACUACAUUAUCUGUGGUUUGUGGCACGCACCGCCUGAGGACUGCGGAGCCCAGAAGUUGGAGAAUCUAAAAUUCAAGGCAAAUGAGCUGAUCGAGGAAGUAUCUGACUGGUUGUCGAGCACUGGUAUGUGAAGCAGCGGACUAGUAUAAAAUCGUUUGCGAGUUAGGACUGAGUUAUUUGGAAUUCGACCUGAUAGACAGACGCGGUAUCGGUAGAUCAAAACUAAAAGAAAACUGUAUAUUAAUUAACGAAGAGGUGAUAGCCAAAAUAAAACGGAUACUCGGACCGAACUACCAGUGCCUGUAAGGUUCCUUAUUUGGUAUAAACACUGGUGUUUGACUGCAUGUGAACCUGCAACCAGACAGACGCUUCCAGUUGAUAAUGAAAAGAAGAUAAAAUACAUGGACAGCGUGCGGCGUAACUGUUCUCGCGUUGACAUUUCAAAACACCACGGUGACGGACUACUUUGAAUUUAGAAUAUUGCUUUAAAAUGUAAAACCAUCAUCCAAUUAUUUGUAAAUACCACGAGUUCUUAUUUUAUUAGUCGCAAAUCUUUAUAUGCGUAUGUUAACUUUUGUGUUGUAGUGGGAAAAGGUUAUAAUGGUGACGAUUUAUGAUUCCAAUACCGGUGUAACGAUUUUGGUUAUUUUCUAAUAUUUGUAAAUAAAGAUAAACUCUGAAAUUUCAAAAUUCGAGAACUCAACUGUGUCAACAGGAUCGAGAGUUAGAACCAGUCAUUUCAGAAUGCAUUUAUCAUGAUAAGGGACUAAUUACUUGUGUCGUACAAAAAAUGAGCUACAUAGAUUACUAGUCCUUUAACCCUAUCAUUCUGUGCCUUUUUCGCGAUUCUAUGUAUUCGUUUUUUUUAAAUUGAUGCAGUUGAUGCAUUUAAUUUUUUUUCAACAUUAUAGAAUCUACAUGUAAGUGCUAUGCAUUGUCCUGCGUACAUGCAAUGUCAUUGCGAGUAUUUCAGAUUAUACGAAAUACUAACAGUUUUAAUCCUGUCAAGUCUCACGAGUGCCUUAAAUUCGUUGACCUUCUAUUUUAGUGUCUUCCAAUAUACAUACAUGUUUAUGCGUAUUUCUAUAGUACAAAUGCAUGUCUAUCAUGAGAAAGAUUCAUAAUACUUACUUUCAUGACAGAAAAUCAGGGGUAUACGACAUCCUCUGACUCUGUCCAUCUCUGGGGACCAAAGCCUGGCCCAAAGAUCUAACUAGUUCAUCAUCAUUUGUUAAUAUGCAGGUUUUGCCAGUCUUACGGAAGAGUACGAACAAGGAAGUGCGAAGUGUUAUCGACCAGGGUUUCCCUGAUUCCUUGACUACAAAGACUAACUUUAUAUUUAUUUGCAUACAUUUCAUCCAUUGUUAAUCUUGCUUAUUCACCUCUAUGAUAACCAUAUGGUAUUAAUACAGAAUAAAUUGAAAUUAAAAUUGAAAUUGUAUUACCAAGUAUAGAUUAGAGAAGAAUGAACAACCUAAAAUUACCCCGAAGGUAUGUGUUUUUUUAAUCGCAUGGUACUCACAUGCAAUUGACCCCCAAGCCAUUUGCAAAGGUUUGCAUAAAAGGCAAGACCAAUACGAAAAAAAUCGCUUUCAUCUUCAUACUCGCUAUAAUAAUAACUGAAUAACUUUGUUUUUUUGUGAAAGGGCAAAGCCGUGCAAAUUUAUACAAUUAGUCUCUUUUUGUGCUUAAUUGAUCACGUAGAGGGGCACUCAGAUUUUUGUGAUUAUUCAAGAAAUUAAAUUUUUAAUUAGCCGGAUUAACACAUUUUUGUUUGCGGGGAAUAUUUAGUACGGGGUUGUAAUAAAAUAAUAGAGGCAGAACCAACCUUAAUUGCCAAGAAUUAGAGCUACAUAAUUGCAAAAAGCCCCCUACAUCUAGUCUAUCUAACGAUAAGCUAGUGAAACAUUCUUCUCUAAUCUAUACUAUAUCUAUACUAUAUCUGUAUCAUGCACAUUGUUCUGCUCCCAAUAUUAAUGUCGGGGACGGAUUGGAUAUGCUUUCAUAUUCUUGCAUUUAGCGUACAUGUACAUCUCCUUUGAAUUCUAAGCUACAUGUAGCUGAUGGAGAAAAAUAAUGAUAUUUUCAUCAUGUUGUAAUCUCAAACGAAUUACUUAUUUUGAACAAUUAUCUAUUUUCAUGAAUUUAACUGUAUAGAAUAAACACGUAAGC